AUGGGGCUCCUGACUGGAGACGUCUUGGUGUCACUGGCCGUGGCCAUGGCCAUCUUCCUGCUUCUGGUGGACCUGAUGCACCGGCGCCAGCGCUGGGCUCCACACUACCCACCAGGCCCCAUGGCACUGCCUGGCCUGGGCAACCUGCUGCAGGUGGACUUCCAGGACCCACGGAGAAGCUUCCACCAGCUGCGGCGCCGCUACGGGGACGUGUUCAGCCUGCAGCUGGCCUGGACGCCGGCGGUUGUGCUCAAUGGGCUGGCGGCCGUGCGCGAGGCGCUGGUGACCUGCAACGAGGACACCGCGGACCGCCCGCCCAUGCCCAUUUUCAACCACCUGGGCUUCGGGCCGCGCUCCCAAGGGGUGGCCAUGGCACACUAUGGCCCCGUGUGGCGAGAGCAGCGCCGCUUCUCCGUGUCCACACUGCGCAACUUCGGCCUGGGCAAGAAGUCACUGGAGCAGUGGGUGACCGAGGAGGCCGCCUGUCUCUGUGGUGCCUUCGCCGACCAUGCCGGACACCCCUUUAGCCCCAACGCACUGCUGAACAAAGCCGUGGGCAACGUGAUCGCCUCGCUCACCUUUGGUCGCCGUUUCGAAUACAACGACCCGUGCUUCCUCAGGCUGCUGCACGUGACCAAGACCGCGCUGGAGGAAACGUCGGGCUUCCUGCCCUCGGUGCUGAACGUGGUCCCCGUGCUCCUGCGCAUCCCGGGCUUGGUGGACAAGGUCUUCUCUGGGCACAAGGAAUUUUGGGGCUUGGUGGACGAGCUGGUGACUGAGCACAGGAUGACACGGGACCCAGCCCAGCCACCCCGAGACAUGACAGAUGCCUACCUGGCAGAGGUGGAGAAGGCCCAGGGGAACCCUGACAGCAGCUUCAAUGAUGAGAACCUGCGCAUGGUGGUCACGGACUUGUUCAUAGCAGGGAUGGUGACCACGUCGGCCACGCUGGUCUGGGCCCUCCUGCUGAUGAUCCUGCACCCGGAAGUGCAGCGCCGUGUCCAACAGGAGAUCGAUGAGGUCAUAGGGCCGGCACGGCGACCAGAGAUGGGGGACCAGGCCCACAUGCCCUACACCACCGCCGUGGUUCACGAGGUGCAGCGUUUUAUCCACUCCAAUCCAAUGGGUGCACCACACAUGACAUCGCGGGACGUUGAGGUGCAGGGCUUCCUCAUCCCCAAGGGGACAGUGCUGUUCACCAACCUGUCAUCGGUGCUGAAGGACGAGGCCGUCUGGGAGAAGCCCUUCCGCUUCCACCCGGGACACUUCCUGGAUGCCCAGGGCCGCUUCGUGAAGCAGGAGGCCUUCAUGCCUUUCUCCGCAGGCCGCCGCGCGUGCCUCGGGGAGCCCCUGGCCCGCAUGGAGCUCUUCCUCUUCUUCACCUGCCUGCUGCAGCGCUUCAGCUUCUCGGUGCCCGCGGGACAGCCCCGGCCCAGCGACCACGGCAUCUUUGGUACCCUGGUGACCCCGGUCCCCUACCAGCUGUGUGCUGUGCCUCGCUAGUGGGGGCACCCAGUC